CCCACCCUCCAGAAUCCAGUCGCGCUCGGCGUCUGAUAUGGAACACUCCAACCAGUCCAUGAACUCCGGAGUCAGGUAAGUUGCCUCAAGCUCUUCCAUGGUAUAUUCCGACUCCGGCGCCUGCACUCCCUCCUCCGCGCUGUUCCUCCAACGGCUUCCUGCGUCCCCUGGUUCCUCCACUGGCCACGGGGCCAGCUCGAUCUCUUGCUGUUGACUUCUCACUCCCCGGCUCUCCCUCCGCAGCCCCCUCUGUGGACAUCGACUGCGCAGAUGCCCAAUCUGGUGACAUAAACAGCGUCUUUGCUCUCCCCCAACUGGCCUCAUCGUGAGAUUCGGAACUCUCAUCUGUCCCCACCAACCCGGGACCUGUCGCUGUAUCAUUAUCCAAUACAAUUCGACGUCUUCAAAAAUCCAACCUCUGCUAACAUUCAUCCUGGACUGGCGCUCUACAGAUGGCUUAUUUUCAGAAGCUUUUUUGAAUGCUUCAAGGACUGGAAGAAUUCGCAAAAAAUCUGCAAAAUUGAUGGAGAUGGAAAGCCUCGAUCAUAUAGAAAAUGAUGAAAAUGAUAAUGAAAAAAGAAACCAAAACUCAAAAGGACCGAGAAACUUUAUCAUAAACAACAACCCCACUGGAAAUUUAAACUUGGCAAAUAACACAGGGAAUGGCAUGCUUUUUAAGGUUAUGCCUUCGAGUGUUUUUAGCAAUCCCAAUAUAUCCAACAUCAAUUCCUUCUUGCAGAAUAAUAGCGUGAAUCUCAAUACCAUGAACACUCCACCCAACAUUAUGAGUAGGAACGUUCAUUCAAACAACGCCCUGAAUAUGAAUAGCAAUGCCCACUUGGCUAUGUUGAAAAACCCUAAUAUAACACCUGGAAAUGUCUUGAAUUCUUAUAGGAUGCCAUUGAGUGGCGGACAAAUGAUUCAAAAUUCCUCUAAUUUACGUUUCGUUAAUUUGCAAAAUCUUAACAAUUCCAACAAUCUUGCCAGAAUUCAAUCUGGUGGUUCUGCUAGAUACCUUGUUGCCGCCGGAAAUAUUCCAAGACAAUUAUCGUCUGCUUCUAAUCUAAUUAACAUAUUAUCGUCUUCUUUACCCAUUUCUGGAACAACAACUAAUUCUACCAAAACGGCGGCUCGUCAGAAUCUCUUUGUGGUUCGUAGUAACGCUGGCACGGGAAUAAACGUGGCCGGUUCUGCCAUGUUAAAAUCCGUGGUCGUGGACCCCUUUCUCAACGCGACGGCAGCCACUCGUUUCAAGGGAAUGAACGAUCCAUCGCCAUCUGCCAACUUCGUUUCUGGUCCCAGCGGUAAUAGAAUGAUGACCUUCAAUAAUCGUGCAAUGACAUUUAAUAAUCAAAUGAGUACUGGUGGAGGGAAUGGUGGCCAAAAAUAUACCGAAGUGUUUGCCAGAUUCCUUAAAAAUCAAGGAAUGGGAAACGCGUUAAAUGAAAGUCGCGGUGAUAUCAGAGCUACACCCAUGAAAAUAAUGUCAGAAUACAACCAAAAUACAUCGAGGACAGGUGAUUCUACUAUGGACAGAGAAAUAUCUGACAGUGAAGCUAACGAUAAUUUCGAUUCAUCCCUAAAUGAUGAUAACGGAGAACGAGUGGGAGAAAGCGGUUUACCUCCUACUAAAGGGAAUAGGAAACGCAAGAAAAUUACUGCCUAUACUUUGUGGUGCGCGAAUCAAAGAAAAGGUCUCCAGCCGGGAUUAGAUUUCGGGCAAAUCAGCAGAAUCUUAGGGGAAGCUUGGACGAAAUUGGCUCACAAAGAAAAAAUGUCCUGGAAGCGUAGAGCGAAGAAAAUGACGGAAAAGUUGAUAGCGGAAUAUGGUGAAGACAUCAGAUCAGGAUCCAAAUCUUAUAAAAAGCGAAUCAACAAAAAUAACAAGAGAUAUUCAUCCAUGGAAUUCCCCAUCGACAAUGAUCCCGAUUACAAUUUCAAAAUGAAUGGGACAGAUGUGAUAGACUCCGCUGCUUAUUUAAAACUUUUAGGGGAGUGUUUAUCUAAUUUGGGCGAUCGUCUAAUGAUGCACGUGGGACAAAUUGCGGUUCAAGGAAGUCUCUCAGUUCUACUAGAUUCUCUCAUAUGCGCCCUUGGACCACUUAUGUGUUUAACUUCACAACUCCCACUUCAACCUAUCGACGAAAUGGAAAUACCUACUGAAAAAGGUAAUAAACCAGACGAUAACUCCCUAUCGAAUGAAGGAAUAGAUGCUUUAAACCAAAAAUUCGAAGAUGACAAGAAGGGAAAUAAGCAGACAACUUUGGUCCCUGUGGUUAAAAAUAUUUUUGACGAAAAACAAAGAUUCAUAUUCUCUAAAAUAUUGGAUAAUAUUGCUUUUAUCAUGCCUGGGCUAUGAAUAAAUUCAAUUUUAUUGUUAUUUUUUUACUUUUAAAUUUAUAAUUUAAAUUAUAAUAAUGCAUACAAAUUA